AGCACCUUCGGUAGGGAACUGUUAGCUAUCUACCUAGGUAUCAGACAUUUCCGUCACUACCUCGAAGGUCGACAUUUCACCGUCUUCACCGACCACAAGCCAUUGAUCUACGCAAUCAAUGGCGCAACAGACAAGUACUCGCCGCGGGAAACUAGACACCUAGACUACGUUUCUCAGUUUACGACAGACGUACGUCAUGUCUCAGGUGCUCUUAAUCCCGUCGCGGAUGCGCUUUCACGCAUUCAGCAGAUCAGCUUAUCGCCUGGCACCAACAUUGAUCUAGACGCUAUGGCUGCUGCCCAACAAGCUGAUCCCGACACAGACAAACUACGACGCAACACCUCGUUAAAACUACGUGAAGUCCCACUAGCUUCAUCUGAGGGGACCAUUCUUUGUGACGUCUCACAAACUUCUCCCCGACCCGUAGUUCCUACCUCAAUGCGUCGACUAGUUUUCAAUGCUUUACACAACCUGUCUCAUCCCGGCAUACGUGCUUCGCAGAAGCUCGUAACGGAACGCUUCAUAUGGCCCAACGUCAAUCGCGAUGUCCGCCUUUGGGCACGCGCAUGCUUAGGGUGUCAGCGCGCCAAGGUCUACAGACACACCAAAAGCCCACUUGGCGUCUUUCCUGCUCCUGACGCUCGUUUUGCACACGUCCAUGUCGACCUGGUCGGACCUUUGCCUCCAUGCAAAGGCUACGUGUACCUACUCACCUGUGUCGACCGAUUCACUCGUUGGCCAGAGGCGAUUCCGUUAGUCAACUGCUCAUCUGAAACAGUUGCACAAGCUUUCUUAGAACGCUGGGUAGCUCAGUUCGGUUGCCCAAGCGUAGUCAUCACUGACAGAGGAUCACACUUUGACGGAUCCUUCAGCAAAUUGCUCAACGUUCUUGGUUGCCAACAUAACCGAACCACC